AUGCCAGAGAUGCUAGAUCCUGGAACCCCAACCAUCACGCCGCCUGUCUCGCCGGGCGGUGUCGAGAGGCGCAGGUCACGGAACCCUCUCAAGAACAUGAUGCAGCAUCUCACUGUGGAUCCCCCUCCGGAGGAUGAUGUUCGUGAACCCAGGAGAGCUUCGCUCAUACGCCGCAUCAGUUGGGGUCGCAAGAGCCGCAGUCCCUCUGCCCAUUCCGAUAGAUCAGGAGGUCAGCCUCAAGAUCCAAACCUGUGCACUGCCUGCGCCGGUUGGGCUGCCGACAUUGACUCUACGUUCGAUACCAUGGAUGACUUUUUUACAAGAGCUCUAAAUCCCACUUCUGCAGACACUUUCGAAAACAAGGAGCAUUCUCUAGGUCGAUUAAAGGAUCUUGAAGAGAACCGCUUCAUGACAAAAUGUCCUCUCUGCAAGCUGUUCCUCUCAGUCCAUAUUCCCAGCGAGGGUGAAGGAGACUUAUAUCUCUCUGGCUUUUCCAGCAGAGAUACAAAUUAUCUCAUCGACAACAAUACCAUGUUUGAUCAAGGCCACGCGUCCAAGAAUAAGACGAAGGGCGUCAGUCAGGCCUUUCUAGGUGUUGUGCCCAAAAAGAGCGGCGAUGGCGCUUUGAGUUGGGAUGUCAGCGCUGACUGGUUUCGCGGUUCCGGUAUGCUAUACAGAACAUUGCCUGACGCGGCGCCUACAAAUGACCUUCUCAGCGCAAGAUCAGAAGGCAGGCAUUCAAGAGCAAACUCCAUGUCCGAUAAUAACGGAUGGCAGAAGCGAGGUAUUUGGGGUCGUGAGCUAGAGGACACGAUUGAUAUGAGCAUCGGACAGGACUGGUUACGGUUCUGUGAAUUUUACCAUCAAGGACGAUGUGGACGACGGCCAGUUACUCGAGAAAUGCCAGGGUUCAAGCUUGUCGACUGUGCAAAGAACCCCCCACAGGUUGUUACUGCGUCCAUUCAAGAGCGAUACGCGGCGUUGAGUUAUGUGUGGGGAAACACAAAGACAGAGACUUGGCCCAAGGUUGUGUGGGAUGCUGUCAUUGCUUCAAAAGACCUCGGUAUAAGGUACCUCUGGGUCGAUCGUCUUUGUAUGGAGCAGCUGCAACCAGCCGAACGGACGCAGCAGAUUACAAGGAUGGACGAAAUCUUCGAGGGUUCCAUUCUGGCGAUUAUUGCAGCGUGCGGUGACGACGCCGACUAUGGAUUGCCUGGUGUUGGCUCAAGAACACGGCCACCGCAGCCCAAGUAUGAAUUCGUCAACUCCAACAUCACACUCGUAUCGAGUCUUCCAGAUCCAAGGAUAGCCAUCAAAGAAUCCAAGUGGUAUCAGCGAGGCUGGACAUACCAAGAAGGCCUUCUAGCUCGACGUCGCCUCAUUUUUACAGAUCAGCAAAUGUACUGGGAAUGCGAGGGUAUGUGCUGUCCCGAGUCGCUCAUCCUGCCUCUCGAAUUUUACCACGAUAUGGAGCAGCAACGCAUGUUUGACUUUAUGAGGCCUGGUCUCUUCAACGGCGUGUCAUUUGUCGACGGGAGCUGGGAACGCUGGAAGAGACUUCCCGGCAAGGUUGAAGAUCCAAGUACAUUGAGUAUUUUCCGAGAGGCUGAUCAGCAUAUCUGCAACUACACGCGGCGAGAUUUAACCUACGACAACGACUCGCUGAAUGCGUUCCUCGGUAUUUUGAGGCGUCUAGAGACCACCAUUGGAAAUGGUAAAAUGUUCGACAUCUUGGGUGUCCCGCUCUGGGCGCCGCAGUUGGAUCAAGGGCCUGCAGUUAUAGGACUACCACGCACACGCGACAUAUUUGCCCUGUCGACAUGUUUCUGGCAUCACAAAGACGGCAUGAUUGCGACACGGCGUCCACACAUGCCCAGCUGGACUUGGGCUGGUUGGAAGGGAGCUGUUGAUCUGUACUCGUCCAUCACGGUAGUCGACCCAGACAGCAAAGUUAUCCAGCGCAAGUAUAAUCACCAUCACUACGUCACCGCCACACACGUGUCACGCAACGACCCGAAUUCUAUACGCUGGACAUAUUCCCCCAACAUUGUCCUUGUUAACCGCGAUGGAAGCGUGGCGUAUGACUUUGGCGCUUCGACGGCGGUGACAGGCAUGCCGCCUUCCCCACCCAACCUGCAUAUCCGACCCUAUGGAAUUCACGUGCCCAAUCCAUUUGUGCUAGAUCGUGUUAAAGCGCGAUCUCACCCUGACGGAUGGAUCUUCAACCGUGUCAGCGUCGACGUGCGGAUGAGUCGCGGGGCUGUAUCGAUGAGGGAGUACAUCGAGAGGCAUGCCAGGGGAGAACAAAUGACAGUGCUGUGGUUUGUGGAAGAGGCCCUUGUGAUGCUCAUCGUCGUGGAGAGGAUGGAGAGGGAAGGGCGAGUUGUGUGGGAGAGGGUAGGAAGGAUGAGGAUGGGAUUCCCUGAGGAGGCAAAGGAUGUGGUCAAGCGAUGCGGCCGAUUGGAGAAAUUGGUGGAGGAAUUACCUCUUCGACGAUUGGGAGAGGACAUCGUCAUUGAGUAG